AUGGCCAUCGCACCCCUGCUCACCUAUCUCAGCUCGGUCAAAAGCGUCCCCGACACCAUGCGCAAGUUGAAGAAGGUUUGGCACAACGCCGGUCUCGUCAAGGUAGUCCAGUCCCGCAUCGAAAGCGUCAACGGUUGGUUGAAAUUGGGUUCUGAGGCCACUAGCCCAAUCACCAACCGUGAUGCUGGUGCCGUGGAAGGGCACUCCCUCAUCUCAUCUUCUCAGCCACCGUCGAAUCCACCAUCGAAUCCGCCGCCGUAUCUACCCUUGUGUCCGUCGUGGUAUCCACCGCCGCAUCCACCGCCGUAUCAUCCUCGUGUCCGUUGUGGUAUCCACCGCCGCAUCCACCGCCGUAUCACCCUCGUGUCCGUCGUGGUAUCCACCGCCACAUCCACCGCCGCAUCACCCUCGUGUCCGUCGUGGUAUCCACCGCCGCAUCCGCCGCCGUAUCCACCGCGUAUCCACCGCCGCAUCCGCCGCGUAUCCACCGCGUAUCCACCGCCGCAUCCGCCGCGUAUCCACCGCGUAUCCACCGCCGCAUCCGCCGCGUAUCCACCGCCGCAUCCACCGCAUCUCAUGGCGCAACCUCCCCCGGUGGAAGGCACGUCCUGGCUUGUGGUUUUUAUGGAUACAGCUGCCAAGAAGAUAUGUGAAAAAUUCUUCCAGCUGACGGAAACCCAUAUUGAUAAACUUGUCUCUUCUCUUGUUGAAAAGAUCUCUAAUAGCAACCCAGAUACGAUGCUUUACGCCUUUGCCGGUUCUGUCAUAGUGGUGCUUGUUGUACACAAGACCAUUGAAUCUCAAGACUCUGUUGCUGCACUUCGAGACUCUGUUGCUGCACUGGCACUACAAUUUGAACAGAUGGUUGCUGCGCAGGCACUACAAUCCGAACAGAUGGGGAAACAGGUGCAGGCACUCAAAACUCAACUGGAGGCCAUGUCAGCUCGAAUGGAACAGCAAAACCCGCAUGCUGCCAGUUUCACCCCGGACAACAUUGAUUAG